GACUUGGGCUAUAUCAAUACAUCUCCUAGACCACGAUUGAUCCCAUUCGAUCGUUAGCUAGGCAGCCCAGGCUGCAAGAUCACUCACCGCUCUCUGGUUCCACAUUCCAGAGGGAGCUAUAGACUAGCUAGGACCAAAAAUGGAGGCCAAGAUACUCGAUCUGGUGAUGCCGGUGCAGAAGGUGCUCGUGGAAAAAUUAAUCGAGGUGUGGAAGGAAGCAGUUAGCAGCAUCAUUGCUAACAUGAAGAAAUUCGACGGAACCGGGCAGAAACCCAACCAAGUGCCGCGGUGGCCGGAGAAGGCGUCGAUCAACAGCUACGCGCUCCUGCGGGCGUACGUUUUAAUGGCCGUGACCGGGUUAGGCUACCUGGCGCUCACAUGGUCCACGGUCGUCCUCCUGGGUGGCUUCGUCACCUCGCUGGGGAGGAAAGAUUUUUGGUGCCUUACGGGCAUUAGCAUGGUACAAGCGUGCAGAAAGAUCGAAACCUAAGAAGACUGGCAUUGUCAAGAUCAAGGAGGUGGUGCUGGAGGCCUAUGCGCGAAGCCACGGAUGGGCGCGGGUACGCUUGAUCACCGAAUGAAGGAGGAAAACGACUUCGCUGCUAUUUUGUGCCUUGCGAUUGCUGUCUGUACUGUCUACCUGUCGCUGAAACUUCGUUUUGGCUCUGUUGCUGGACCAUGUUAGGCCGCCGCCAUGUUCCUUUCGUCUUGUUUCUUUUUAUUCCGUAUUAACUUCGCUGAGAUGUAAGACUUUGUAAACUGGGGGCGGUUUCUUUAAUGGAAAUCGAUGGGAGGGCCCAUUGUUUAAAAAAAUAAUAAUCCUGA